AACGCUUUUGUGUGUGUGUCUGUGUGAGAGUGUAUUGACUGUUUGGACAGCCAGAAACAGAGAGAAAGGGAGAGAAAUUAAGAGCGAAUGGCUACAGGGUCAUUUGCCGUUGACGGACAUGUCAGCGGCUUUAAUGAGAGGAUCACUGCGUCCGUAGUGAUCACCUGCAUCGUCGCUGCAUCAGGUGGCCUCUUGUUUGGCUACGAUAUCGGAAUUUCAGGAGGUGUGACAACCAUGAAAUCAUUUCUCCAAAAAUUCUUCCCAUCGAUUCUGAGGAACGCGGCAAAUGCCAAAACGAACAUCUAUUGUGUUUACGAUAGCCAGGUUCUAACUGCAUUCACAUCUUCACUAUACAUAGCAGGGUUAGCUGCCUCCCUUUUGGCUAGUCGCCUCACAGCAGCUUUGGGCCGCAAAGGCAUCAUGGUGCUGGGUGGUUGUACCUUUUUGGCUGGUGCUGCUAUCAAUGGUUUUGCUGAAAAUAUUGCCAUGCUCAUCUUGGGUCGUAUCAUGCUCGGAUUUGGAGUUGGCUUCACUAACCAGGCAACUCCUGUUUUCCUCUCAGAGAUGGCGCCACCAAAAUGGCGCGGUGCAUUUGGGACAGGCUUCCAAUUCUUCAUAGGCAUUGGGGUGUUGACAGCCAAUUGCUUGAAUUAUGGCACUGCCAGGAUCAGCUGGGGCUGGCGUCUCUCCCUCGGCCUUGCCGUAGUACCAGCUGCCAUCAUGACAUUUGGUGCACUUCUAAUCUCAGACACGCCUAGCAGCCUUGUGGAGCGUGGCAAGGUAGCACAAGCUCGUAAAUCCUUAAGCAGAGUUCGAGGAAGUGACGUUGAAGCUGAGCUAGCUGAUCUUAUUAAGUAUAGUGAAAUGGCAAAAGCUGCAGACCAGGAGCCAUUUAAGACAAUAUUUGAAAGGCAAUAUCGGCCUCACCUUGUAAUGUCCAUUGCCAUACCAUUUUUUCAACAACUCACAGGGAUUAACAUCAUUGCUUUCUAUGCCCCUGUCCUCUUUCAGUCAGUGGGCUUUGGAAGUGACUCGGCUCUAAUAGCUGCCAUUAUACUAGGAGUGGUUAACCUCUGCUCAAUCCUUGUGUCCUCUUUUGUCAUUGAUCGUUAUGGUCGAAGAUUUUUGUUCAUGGAGGGGGGGAUUCAAAUGUGCAUCUGUCAGGCGAUAGUGGCAGCUGUGCUGGCCGUGGCAGCGGGUACUUCUGGCACCAAGCACAUCAGCAAGGGUGACUCUAUACUAGUACUUGUGCUAAUGUGCUUAUAUGCUUCUGGUUUUGGUUGGUCAUGGGGGCCUCUAAGCUGGCUCAUUCCAAGCGAAAUAUUUCCAAUGGAGAUCCGAACAACCGGACAAAGCAUAAGUGUUGCUGUAAACUUUGCUACCACAUUUGUGCUGUCACAAACGUUCUUGGCUAUGCUAUGCCACUUCAAAUUCGGUGCUUUCCUGUUCUACGCAUGCUGGAUCGCCGUGAUGACCAUUUUCGUUUAUUUUUUCAUGCCGGAGACUAAAGGGAUCCCUUUGAACUCAAUGUAUGCUGUGUGGGAGAAGCAUUGGUACUGGGGUAGAUUUGUUAGGCGUCAGCCUUAGACUAGUACUUAUCUGCAUUGUUGAAAAUGGUACCACUGCAUUGUAAGAUCCAUAUGUGUAAUCUAAAUUAAGGGUCUUUUGGAAUU